GGUCAUCAAUUCUUGUUUCCUCUGUGGUUUAUAUAUUUUUGUCUAUAUAACAGAUCGCAACCGGUAUAAAGUUGUGUCGGUAUCUAAAGAUUAAUAUUUAGAAACAUUUUCGUUAUAUUUCAAAAUGGGUGAAAAGGGAAAGCCAAUGGUCGAAAAAUCAGUUGACCCUGUAGAAAAUGGAUCUGACUUUGUUGAAAGCUUCCGUAAAACAGUAAAAAGGGAAUUCGGAGAGCAAAUGAUUCAGCUUGCAAUGGAAAGAAUGGCUCCAAUGAUGCGAGAUAUGGCUUUAGAAGGAGGCCAAAUUGCAGCCAAGGAGGUAUUAUAUGGUGAUGAUGUAGAAAAACUACAGAAAGAAUUGGGGAUAAAAGAAAAGGAAUUAUGUAAACUUGAAAGAGAAAAGAAGGCUUUACAAGACAAAUUGAGAAAUGAGACCAGUAACAAGAAUGAGUUAGAGUUAAAACUUAUAGAAAAAGAAACUGAAAUAAAAGUAGCUGAAGGUCAUAUCAAAGCUUUAAAAAAACAAAUACAAGCAAAAGAAAAGGAAUUUAAUAAAGAGAGAUCUGAAAUGGAACAAAUGAAAGAGAAACAUAAGACGGAAAUUGAAUCAUUGAAAAAACAAAUUAACAAACUAAAAUCAAAGAUGGCUGUAAAUUUAGCUGGUGACAACAAUGCAAAGCAUGCUCUUAUUCAGAUUCGUGAAGAAAAUGAAAAAUUACAGGCAGAAAAUGAAGAAUUAAAAAAAAAAUUACAGAAAAAAUUAUCAAAGAAAGAAAUAGACAAAUAACAGUAAUUUUAAGACAUUGUUUAUGCAACGUGUGUAUUAUUAUAUAGUCAUUGACAAUUUUGUAUUUCAUUUAGUUUUGUAUUUCAAAUAAAAAUUAAGAAAUCAGCUGUUAUGAUUAAUUAAAAGAAAAGUUCUUUUCGCUAAAAAAAACAACCUUUAAAUUUGUAUCUAAUUUAUUUGUUGUAAUUAAAAUUAUCUGAAAGAAAGAUUUUGCUCGCUUAUGAAUUAUUUUAAAUCAUAAAUCUCAACGCUGAACUUUGAAAUCAUGCUCAUUAUUCUUUCUAUUUACUUGCAAUGACGUCUUUGCUGCAGCUAAUUUAUUCCCAUUUACAAGAUUCAUCGCCAAACACAUGCAACUUUUUACAGUUGUUAGCUGCCCUGGCUACUUAUACAUUAAUCUAAUUAAUCUAAUGAUUUUGGUUCCUAUCAAUGAUGCUAAGAUUGCAAAUUCUUUGUGAAAAUCUCUACAUCCUGCAAAGUGAUAAUGAAAAUGAUGAUACCACAUUUUUCAUCAGCUAUUACUACCUCGGCUAUCUAUUAUUAAUUGCGAGAACAUUUUUACCCAGUUCCCCUCCCUCACAUACUGCGUCAAAUAUGUGUCAAAGUAUAAAAUCAUCGUGCUAGAAGUUAUUAUGUGCAUGUUUGCUCACCCGGCCAUUAUUGACAUCGAUUAAUGAAAUUAAAAAAAUCCUCUUUAAAUGACACUGAAAAUGAAAACUUUACAAAUUUUAUUAAAAGGUUAUUUGAAAUCCUGCACAAAGUUAUGAUUUUUAUUGGUGCUUUGGGAUAUUUUUUAAAAUUAAAACAACAUGUUUUUAAUCUAAUCUGUUUUAAACAGGAAACUCUGACCAUAGCUAGUAAUAACUCAUUCUAAUCAAUUUUGAAUUGAGGUACAUGUAUGUAUACACAUGUAUACGCUAUUCUAACAUGUCUAAUCAAUGCACCAAUCAUUAAUAUAAUAGUAUAUGAUUUGGUCGGCUAUAAAAGAAAGGCCAAAGAGACAUUCAAAUUCUUUAGCCGAAUAUAAGCUAACAAUGCCCUGGCAAAAAACUAAAAACGACCAAUAGACAAACAACA